AUGGAGACAACGACAGUUACACUGGCUUUGCUGGGACUUGACAACGCUGGCAAAACGGCAACCGUCAAAAGCAUUCAAGGAGAAAACCCAGAGGAUGUGACUCCCACGGUGGGCUUUUCUGCAGUGGAUGUCACACAGGGGGAGUUUGCUGUGUCCAUCUUUGACCUGGGUGGGGCGCAGAGGAUCCGGGACAUCUGGAAGCACUACUUCUCCGAGUCUCACGCUGUGGUGUACGUGGUGGACUCCAGCGAUGCCCAGCGCAUGGAGGAGACCAGGGACGCUCUGGCCAAGGUCCUCGAACACCCCUGCAUCGCUGGGAAGCCUGUGCUUCUGCUGGCGAACAAGCAGGACAGAGAAGGAGCCCUGCGUGAGGCUGACAUCAUAGAUAAGAUGUCCCUGGAGAAGCUUGUCAACCAGCACAAAUGUCGUUGUAAAAUAGUGCCGUGCUCUGUGAUAAUGGCCAGAGGAAGGAAGGCCAUUGAGAGUGGGUUGAAGUGGCUGCUGGAGACUGUGGCCCUGGAUUAUGAGGUCAUCAGCAAGCGUGUGCAGAAGGACACAGCAGAGCAGAGGGGGAAGGAAGAAGUGGAGAGGAGAGGGAGGGCUGAGAGAGUGCGCCAGGUUCGAGAGGAAAGGAUGAAGAAAGAGGAGGAGGAGGCUGAACACCAGGAAAAGACAGCAGAGGAGAAGAAGAAUGAGAAGCAAGAGGACAAGGGCAUCAUGGACAACCCCUUCCAGCCAAUCAGGGACAUCAUUUCAGAGAUGGAGGGGAGCAAGAGGCAGACAGAGAAGAGAGCUGACCCAGAGGAAGAGGAUGCUGUGGCUGUGGAGGAAGAACAGAGUAGCACCUCCAAUGCCAGAUAG